AAGAGAAUACAUAAUCCUUCAGAAUUGUUCCCACAGUAUUUUAUAUCCUUUAGAAACGCACCCGUUGGCCGCGCCCACGAAUGCUUUUGGGCGGAAGGGUUUGGGGUUAAGUGUCAAUUGUGCAUCUGUGGUAUGCAAUGCUUAUGUUGGUGGUUGUAACCAGGCGUACCAGGCGGUUACGUUAAUCUGUGUUGGCGGUAGUGGCCGAUGUCUGCCGAUGUUUGAGUAGAAUCCGGUGCAAGUUGAAUAAGUUUUAUCAUGUCUGCAGUAAAUACCACGGGCUCUCCUCUAUUUGAAAAAGAAUUUGGUGAUUUCACUGCAUUUUACAUUGCCAUUACAAUUUGUACGGUGUUGGGUGGCUUCCUUUUUAUUCUGAACAUCGUAUUUUGUUGCUGUUCAAAAUACAAGGAUUACUGGCAGGAUAGUGAUACAGGAAAUCGCUGGCUUGUUUCUCUGUGGACGAAGACUCCCCAUAACACAUCUCCUCUUGAUUACACAGAAUUGGAAAAGAGUUACAUUGUUAUACCACGAAGUCAUCAAAUUGAAGAACCUGGUGGCUACAUAGAAUUGCAGAAACGAGAAAGUGAUCUGUAAUUUGCAACAUGUUUCACAUUUUUUGGCCAGCAGUAACUGCUUUAACUAUGUUUGUUUUGAUGAUAAUAAUUGUUAUUAUUAAAUAUGGGCCUAGGCUUUGCCACACAAGACACACUACUAAGCCAAUGGAUGAUGAUUGGGAAAUAAGAGCUUACGAACAGAAAGUCUCUUGUGCUUAACGAAGCACUAGUUGGGAUGCCGCAAUGAAAAAGUAAAUAGAAUAGUUGUGCAUCUGUAACGCUCUACUAUUUGUUAUAUUUUAGAUUGUAAUGUCAUGUGUAAAAGAAUGUAAGAGUACAGAAAGGUUCAUUAUUCCAAAGAACCUACUUGCACAAAUUGGACAGCCUUGUGUGUCAAUUAAUGAAAAUUAAGUUUUUCAUUUAAAGUGAAAAAAAGUCUGUUGAAAUCCGUCCUGAAAAUGAUUGUAUGUAGCAGUGAGGGGUAACUAAUGUUAUGCAAGGUAAUCGUACAAAUAUUUGACUGAUCAUUAUGAGUUAAGCUCAUGUUAAUCUCAUUACUUGAUUUCAAAACCUGAUUGAACAGUUAAUUUAUCAUUAUUUACAUUUGUUUUUCAAAGUAUGUCCUUCUGUCUGUUGUUUAAAUUUUGAAUUGCAGAAGGUAUUUUUAAGACUACUAUGCCACAGUAUUAAUCACAAGCAAAUUUUCCCUUUACGAAUUGAACUUUCUAGUUCCAGUUACAUGAAGUUAUAAAAUAUUUCUUAUAAUAUUCACCCAAGACAACAAAAUUAUUUGUAAGAAAAUCUUGGUAAUGGCUCGUCGAGCAUUUUAUAAUUUAAAAAUACAAUUUUUGCAAUGGUAGGUACUACACUUUAGUGUUCUUGAUUGCCUUGUGCAACUUUGUCUCGAAUAUAUUUGUUAUUCAUUCAGCCAUUUCACAAUGUGACUGUUGGUGUUUGAUCAGGAUGUGUGUAUCUGAUGGGAGAGCUUACCUAUAUCAUUUCACAACUGAUAAAAAGUUAUAUUUACUCCAGAAAGUUUCAAAUCUGAAAUCUUUGUAAUUUUGAUUCUUAAAUUUUAAUCUUGCAAGUUUUUAUCAGGUGUACAUAUACAAAAAAUGUAGCUUAUAAUGAAGUUUUACAACUUUGUUAUUAUGUAAACGGUUCAUGUAGAGCUAGUGUAUUGGUCUUAAAUAACUUCCAUCGCAGAAUAAAAGGUCCUCUUUUUUUUUAAUGCAGCACUGGAUUAACAUGUUACAGUAAUAAUUUGUUGUCCAAAAGAGGUUAUUUCUGAUAAGUUUCUUUUGUAAAUUUUAGAAAUACAAAUUUUAGCAAUGUAAAGUAAGAAAUGGAUCUCUUGACGUAAUGUGUAACAGUUACAAUCUUGUAUAUUGGAAUUCUUAUUUUAUUCAUUUGUUAAUAAGUUCAGUGUACUAAAAGAUUUUAAUGAAAUGUUUCUAUUGGUGCAAGUUGCCACAAACAUUGAUAAGACAAGUGUUUGCAGGAAAUGUCUUCCACCGCUUUUCAGAAUUUUAAUAGAGAGCUUCAGUGAAUUUCAUUAGUUGUUAAAUUUAUCAGCAUGCAACAUGCACAUUUCCUAAAAUUAAAAACAAAUUCUUCAUGCAUUAAACACAGGUUAUUUCUUUCUUAAUUCUAAAUUAAAACAACCGUAAAUACUUUUGCAAUACAUGAACUGUGUCUCAAAUUGUCUGUUAGAUUCUUCAAUACCAAUUGUUACUUUUGAGUUCCCUCAGUGAGUUCUGUAAUAUAGUUAGUAAGCUCUUGCUUCUGCAAAAUAUCCCAAACUGAAGGAAGAGAAAUUUAAUAAUAAUCUUGAUUUCCUUCUGAAAAAUUGUCAAAUUCAGGUGCACUAUACACCCUGAUACAUUCGGUAUAUGAAAAUUAACGUUCCUUGGUGCAUGUGUUGAGAGCUGUGAAAAGAAAGUUUUCUUGCACUGAAUAUUUAAAAGCAAUUUUAGAUUGAUAAGACCUAUGUAGAGGGUAAUCCUACAAUAAUUUAUACUUGGAAGUUGUUUUCUCACAAUGCUCAGAAUAUGGUCAGUAAAUUUGAAUUAUUUGUUUUAGUAACAAUAAUGAAUUGUUUUCAAUGAUUGCAAAAAUGUUAAUAUAAUUUCUAUUAUUAAUGCAGCAGAGCUACUGAUCUAAAAAUAAGCAUGUUAAUUGGUGUACAUGGUAUGUACAAUGUAUAUUUGAUGUGUGGUAUUUUAAUGGAAACGAGUAAAUUUGGAGGGCUGUUCUGUGACCGCCAUACUUAUUUUACUAUGAGUGUAUUUGUGCUUCAUCAGCACUUUUUGAAACAUUUGUACUAUUUCAUAAAGAUCUUCUGUAUGUGCAGCUAGAAAUUUUUUAUAUCACUAUUAAUUAUAGAUAUUGAAUAAGAAUGUUAUGUCAUUCCGUCCAUUUAUAUUUUCUUUACUUUUCUUAAUAUGAACAUUAUUUUAUACAGUAAAUAGAAAUAAUAUAAUUAACCAUGAGUCUUUCUUCUUGACUUUGUAAUUCCAGUUUCCACUUAUGUUUCCUUGAAAAUUUAUCCCUACACUUUGUAUGGAAUGCAUUUGAUUUUC